GUGUUGGUAAACAAUAGAAUCUUCCGUUUUCCGCGAAGAGGCAACAGAAGGAAUCGGGAACAUUCAGAAUCCGUUUUAGUGGUUUAGAUAUUCCGAGUUUCACUCGUAUUUCGUGAACAUAUUGGCAAUAAGAAGUGUUAAAUCAAUGCAAAAAGAUGCUGACCAAAUAUUGUCGUAUUUGCUUAACUAGCGCCGGUGUUGUUCAUCAGCUCGACGAAGUAGUGCAUAAAUCCCUGACUCUCUAUGCAAUUCUGUGCAAACUGUAUCCCGAGGCUUUCAUUAAUUAUGACGAACCACAAUGGCCUACGCGAGUUUGCGAAAACUGCAAGUACGGUAUAAUGGAUGCCUUCAGGUUGUACACGAUUUGUAUGGCAUCCUUCGAAGAAUUGAAGAUACAAGUGCAGACUUCAUUGCAGGUGAUAGUAAUGUAGUCGAAUUUAAAGAAGCGGGUAUAAUCGUAGACGACGAAGAAGACGACCAGCAUAUUCGAUUGAGUGACGAGGAAGGAAACAUAGAUUCGAGGAUAUGGAAAACCAACGAACGAAAUCUUAUCAAUACCCACGAAAUUGUUAUGUUUAGUGAGCUGCAACAAAAUAGAAACGCAGACGAAACGGUGUCAGAACCUCAGAAUAUAGAAACAAUGCAAAAUGAAAGUGCGACCUCACACAGCAACAAAAUUGUUGAACUAUUGAUAGAAAUAGACUAUGUAGCACCCAACAAUACCAUUUCCCUCGAAGAAGAAUACUUGGAUGAUUUUGAAGAAAGUAUAGAAUAUUUGGAGGAUGUAAAAGACAAGUGGUAUACCAAUGCAUACCUUGGAAUUCAUCAUAAUAACGCGGAAAAUGAACUAAUCAAGAGCGCGGAAGCAGUGCCAGGAGUAUCAGAUACCAUGAUGAAUGUUGUGCGGUUGAAAGAAGAUGCUGAAGAAUCCGAAGACGAAGAAACUUUUAAGGAUUUUUUUUCGUCAGAGGUAUUCAGUUGUAAUUCAUGUCAAGACGUAUUUCAAGACAAAAAAUCGCACGAGGAGCACAUUAAAAACCAUUCAAAGGGACAACAUAUAUUUUGCAAAAUUUGCAGCGAGGGCUUCAAAAGCACGUCUGCUCUGAACGCGCAUACAUGCAGGCAUGAGUCCUCGACCCUAUGUUGGAUAUGUGGUAAAACGAUAGACCUAGCGAGAAAGCUCAAGACGCACAUACAAUCGCAUAUGCCAGAAGAUACGUGGUACUGUAAAUUAUGUCCUUUGCGAUUCCCAACGAAAGGUGCCUUGAGAAAUCACGUAGUAACGCACAAGAAAAAUAACUUGUAUUGUUGCGAUGUGUGUGGCGCCAACCUUUCAACAAAGCGUAAUUUGGAAGAACACCAAUGGGCGCAACACAGAGCUAAAAAAGAAGAGAGAUACACGAUUUCCUGUGAGAUUUGCAGCCAAAGAUUUUCCUCAAGAUAUGUACUUAAAAGACACAUGAACACCCACACGGGCCAUAGACCCUACAGUUGCGUGUAUUGUAAUCGUGUUUACGGAAAUGGUGCUGAUUUGGUAGAGCACGUCGCUAAGCAUCACAUUGGUAACGAUAAUAUCUAUCAGUGCCACCUAUGUGAUGCAGAUUUCCCGAAGAUAAAGAAGCUUAAAGGCCAUUACGAAGUACAUUUUAGAAACGGUGACCAGUUCUACAACGAAAUUCUUACAGAAUUCGGAAAGUUUCGGUUUUCUACCAUGGACCUAUUAAAAAUGCGACACCAAAAGGAAAUGGUAUCAUUAGCUAGCAUAGUUUUACCGAAUAUUUGACAAUCCUCUAAAAAUUAGACGAUACUAGCGAUAAGCAGCGAGUGCCCUCGACAUUCACGACUUAUUGAUAAAUUGUAUGAUAGCUCAUUAGAUUUUUAAUAUAGAUUUAGUAUGAUUAGUUUUCUGCUAUUUAAUCCAGAUGUCGUCAUUUUCGCAACUAAUUAGGCCCUGCUACACGGAGCGUAAACUCUAGCGUAAACGUAAAAAUUAAUAGCCGUGGCCACACGGGGCGAAAACUCUAGCGCAAACGAAAAAAUUAAUGCCAAAACGGUUUCGCUUAACCCUUACACGCUGUCAAACUUUUAUACGUCCGCGGACUUUUUCGCUGAACCCUUGACGCUAUCGAACGCUUUAUUUACGAAAAUGUAGGUUCUUUUCGUAUUGUUUUUGCAUUUUUAAUAUAAAUAUAACAGCAACAGCAACAAAAUCGUUAAAAACUGCAAAAUUUAUUCGGAAAUCAACUUCAGCGGCCAAAACACAGAUGAAAACAAUACGUUUGACAUUUCGGCAUAAAUUUUCGGGGUUUUACCCCUGCCACACGAAGCGAAAACAUUUUGGCAUUAAUGUGCAAAUUUGCGCGCAAAUUUUCGCUCCGUGUGGCCA